GAAGCGCCCUUCCUCCGCCUCUGGCCCCCUCCCACCUCCAGCCGCCUUUCCUUUCUGCCGUCAGUGCCGCGUUAGCAACAGCCCCGUCGCCAGCGGCCCGAGCUCCUCCUCUUUCGCCUUCUCCUGGCGUCCCCGUCUUGCUCUCUCUCCGGCUGCUCCGCGCCCUGUAUGGUCCAUCGCCGCCGCCCUGCUCCGGCACCACCUCCGCCGCCGCCUCCUUCUCCAGUUCCCUCCGGCUUAGCUCCUCCUGCCCCCGGCGGUGGCGCCCUCAGCACCGAGGCUGUAUGAUCAGGCUACAGUCUUCAAUGAGUAACCAUAUUCCUCAGUUCUGUGGUGUUCUCGGUCACACAUUUAUGGAGUUUCUGAAGGGCAGUGGGGACUACUGCCAGGCACAGCACGGCCUUUAUGCAGACAAGUGAACUGUAGAAAUUGAUUACUGCUCCACCAAGAAGCCCCCUUAAAGAGUGGUUACCACAAUAAGAAGUAUUGGAUUGAAAUUGGCAGAGCAUUUUACAAAGGAGUUCUGACCUGGAUGGGGUAACCUCAGUGCACUGCCUUUUUUUUUGCCUCAGUAUUACAAGAUUGAAGAUUUGCUGCUUCUUGUUUAGGAGGUUCAUUUCAUUUCCCAUUGCUCCCAACUUCAUAUUUGUUGGCACUGGAAACUUUUAGUGGCUUUUUGUGAAGUAGACUUUAGUUUCUCCAUUAAUCAGUUAGUUUUAAAAAAAAGAAAAACUGUCAGUCAUUGCACAUUUUAACUAAAUUGACAUGGCCCGAAUGAACCGCCCAGCUCCUGUGGAAAUCACCUACAAGAACAUGAGAUUCCUUAUCACUCACAAUCCAACCAAUGCAACUUUAAACAAGUUCAUAGAGGAACUUAAAAAGUAUGGAGUAACUACAAUAGUAAGAGUAUGUGAAGCCACUUAUGACACCGCUCCAUUAGAAAAAGAAGGCAUUCAGGUUUUGGACUGGCCUUUUGAUGAUGGGGCACCACCAUCUCUUCAGAUUGUUGAUGAUUGGCUAAAUCUUCUGAAAGUUAAAUUUCGUGAAGAGCCUGGCUGUUGCAUUGCUGUACACUGUGUUGCUGGUCUUGGAAGAGCACCUGUACUGGUUGCCCUUGCGCUUAUUGAAUGUGGCAUGAAGUAUGAGGAUGCGGUGCAGUUCAUAAGACAGAAGCGACGUGGAGCUUUUAACAGCAAGCAGCUACUCUAUUUGGAGAAAUAUCGCCCCAAAAUGCGCCUCCGUUUUAAAGAUUCAAAUGGUCAUCGUAACAAUUGUUGUAUUCAGUAAAAACAAAGCUGCCUAGAUUGCUGCUUUGGAAAUA